AUGAAUAAAUAAAUAAAAAAUUAUGGCCCUGAUGGCUAACCAUAUGCUUCGAGUCCUGGUCAGUCACCCACACGCACAUAGACGUUGUAACGUAUGACCAUGCCUAUCAUGGAGUACUGGUACCCGUUUUGAUUGGUUUAGAAAUUGUAAUGGGCUCAACCUACGUACAAAGAAAAAAAACUCGCCACCAGCAGGCAAACCAACUUCAAAUUGAUUUCAAAAACAGUAAAUGAAAAACAUUUUGAAAAUAGUAACAACGUCAUUUCCGAUGUGCACCUUGUACAAUAUAUUGUUAACCCGUGAUAGUCCUUGUCUUCAGAAGGAUUGAGCAAAAAGCUUGUUACUUUCUGGAUGCAUGCGAACACAAUUCUGUUCAAACAUGGAGAAAGUGUUUCAAAUGACAACGCAAGAAAACGAAGUGACAGAAACAAGAGAUCAACAAGAUUCCAAUAUUUCCACUCCACCUCGAUUGAUGUGUCCUAGCAGUCAUUCAUUGAAACAGCAAUUAUUCCGCUUGUUAUUAGCGUUCGGAAUUUUGAUAUGGAUCAGCAGUACCGCAGUGAUGAUAUCCUUCAUAAGUUCUCACAGAAUUCUUAUUAAUCACUUGUUGGCAGUUGAGGAAUCGAACCUCCAGAUUCGUGACAGUGGCAAGCCAAAAACUUACCGAGGCAAAGUUACCUAUCAACACUGGGGCCGUGAGUCAUGUUCAGCAACUGCGGAGUUGGUUUACAAAGGUGUUAUGGCAGGAGGUAUUAAUAAGUUUCUUGGGGGUGGAGUAAACUACUUAUGCCUUCCUGAACAACCAUCCUAUGGUUUCACUGUGCCUGACAUCCAGGUUUACAUGGCUCCAAUUGGGGCGACAGUGUAUCGCGGCUUAAGGAAUUUUUCAACGAUGGACCAUUUACACGGAUAUGAGGCUUUUUGUUCCGUUUGCCUUGCCGAUCAAAAUGCAAUAUUCGUCAUGCCUGCCCAAAGUACAUGUCCAUCCGACUGGACAUUAGAAUACAGUGGAUAUCUUAUGGGUUCAAGGUCAAACAGGAAAAGAACCGAGUUCAUUUGCGUUGAUGUAAACUCAGAGGGUCGCGAUAGUACUAGAAAUAUUAGCUCAGGAUUAAGUGAGGUUUUCAUCGCAGAGACUCACUGCGAUGAAGGAACUACCGGUGGUGGGUUGCCUUGUCCACCAUAUAAAAACGGGGCCGAAUUACCGUGUGCAGUGUGUACAAGAUGAAUAUAAUGAUGAUUGUUGGUCUCUGCAAUUAGUGUUUUACUUUUGUAUCUGCUUCUAUUUGUUUUGUGAGAUGAUACGUAACUAUUUAAUUUUACUAUAGGCCUAUUUUUAAAUUUUUAAAUUCAUCUUUUCUACGGCGUUUCUAAAUUACAAUCACACAUUAAAAGCUUGAGUUCUCCAGCUUCGACUUAAUUUAGAUUGCAGCUUAACGCCACCAUUAGACCACAGAGGCUUCAUGGUUGAACAUAUUCAAAUUACUGCCAGAUACACUCUAUUACACAAUAAGUACGGCUGGAAACAAAUAGUUACAUAUUAUUAUGAUAUAAAUCAA